AUGACUACUGUUGAAAAAAUUAAAGCUAUUGAAGAUGAAAUGGCUAAAACCCAGAAAAAUAAAGCCACAUCUUUUCAUUUGGGUCAAUUAAAAGCAAAAAUAGCUAAAUUAAAAAGAGAAUUAUUAAGUGAUAGUUCUUCAGGUGGUGGAGGAGGUGGUGUUGGUUUUGAUGUUGCAAGAACAGGGGUGGCUACUAUUGGUUUUGUUGGUUUUCCAUCUGUUGGUAAAUCUACUUUGUUAUCGAAAUUAACUGGUACUCAUUCAGAAGCGGCUGCUUACGAAUUUACAACUUUAACAACAGUUCCAGGUACUAUUAAAUAUAAAGGUGCUAAAAUUCAAAUGUUGGAUUUACCAGGUAUUAUUGAAGGUGCUAAAGAUGGUAAAGGUCGAGGUAAACAAGUUAUUGCCGUGGCAAGAUCUGUUAAUUUAUUAUUUUUGGUGCUAGAUGUUAAUAAACCUUUACAACAUAAAAAAAUUAUUGAAAAUGAAUUGGAGGGAAUGGGUAUAAGGAUAAAUAAAACACCACCAAAUAUUGUCAUAACUAAAAAAGACAAAGGUGGUAUAAAUGUUACAAGUACUGCUCCAUUAACUCAUUUAGACAAUGACGAAAUUAGAGCUGUUAUGUCAGAAUAUAGAAUUAAUAGUGCAAAUAUUGCAUUUAGAUGUGAUGCAACAGUUGAUGAUUUAAUUGAUGCUAUUGAAGCAAAAGCAAGAAGAUACAUUCCUGCAAUUUAUGUAUUAAAUAAAAUUGAUUCAUUUUCAAUUGAAGAAUUAAACUUGUUAACAAAAAUUCCUGAUGCUAUACCAAUAUCUUCUGGUAAUGGAUGGAAUUUAGAUGAUUUAUUAGAAUUGAUGUGGUCAAAAUUAAAAUUAGUAAGGGUUUAUACAAAACCAAAAGGUAAAUUACCAGAUUUCAAUGAACCUGUUGUUUUGAGAAGUGAUAGAAGUACAGUUGAAGAUUUUUGUAAUUCUAUACAUAAAUCUUUAGUUGAAGAUUUUAGAAAUGCUUUAGUAUAUGGUACAUCAGUUAAACAUCAACCACAAAUAGUUGGUCUAUCACAUGAAUUACAAGAUGAAGAUGUUAUAACUAUAUUGAAGAAAUAG